CCCCACGCGGAACCCGAGGCUCCGAGGCGUCCCCGGCUUCCCGACCCGCCGUGGACCCGAGGCCGGAGCGGCCGCUGCGCAGCCGAGACAGCCCGGGGCCUGCGAGGGACGCGCGCCCCGGGGGUCCCCGCCGCCGGCACCAUGGGGGCUGCCCACUCCGCGUCCGAGGAGGUGCGGGAGCUCGAGGGCAAGACCGGCUUCUCAUCGGAGCAGAUCGAGCAGCUACACCGGCGAUUUAAGCAGCUGAGUGGAGACCAGCCGACCAUCCGCAAGGAGAACUUCAACAGUGUCCCCGACCUGGAGCUCAACCCCAUCCGCUCCAAGAUCGUCCGUGCCUUCUUCGACAACAGGAACCUGCGUAAGGGGCCCAGCGGCCUGGCCGACGAGAUCAACUUUGAGGACUUCCUGACCAUCAUGUCCUACUUCCGGCCCAUCGACACCACCCUGGGCGAGGAGCAGGUGGAGCUGUCCCGGAAGGAGAAGCUGAGAUUCCUCUUCCACAUGUACGACUCGGACAGCGAUGGCCGCAUCACGCUGGAGGAGUAUCGAAAUGUGGUGGAGGAGCUGCUCUCAGGGAACCCCCACAUCGAGAAAGAGUCUGCGCGCUCCAUCGCCGACGGGGCCAUGAUGGAGGCGGCCAGCGUGUGCGUGGGGCAGAUGGAGCCCGAUCAAGUGUACGAGGGGAUCACCUUCGAGGACUUCCUGAAGAUCUGGCAGGGCAUCGACAUCGAGACCAAGAUGCACGUCCGCUUCCUCAACAUGGAGACCAUCGCCCUCUGCCACUGACGCGCUCGCCCCCACCCCGGGGAGCUGGGCCGUGGAGCUGGGCCGCCCCCACGUGGCCUGGGGCGCCCCCUGGCUGCAGCUCCUGUAAAUAAUCUGUGCUUUGCUGUUUUUAUCUCUCCUCAUAAUAAUAAUAAAAGAUUUGUUAA